AUGGCGAGCUCUUUUUGGCAAAGGGAGGCAAAAAUCUUGAGGCAACAAUUACACAACUUGCAAGAAAAUUAUCGGCAAUUGAUGGGAGAAGAACUUUAUGGUUUGAGCGUCCAAGACCUACAAAAGCUAGAGAACCAACUGGAAAUGAGUUUGCGAGGUGUCCGCAUGCAAAAGGACCAGGUUCUAAUGGACGAGAUACAGGAGCUAAGCCAAAAGGAGAACUUUAUGCAUCAAGAAAAUGUCGAACUCUAUAAGAAGGCAAACCUAAUUCGUCAAGAAAACAUGGAAUUGUGUAAAAAGAUUUAUGGAACGAGGGAUGUGACUGCAGCGGAAGGAAGCACGCAAAAUCCACAUGGUUUCAGCAUUGGAGUGGACUCAUAUGUGCCCAUCAAUCUCCAGCUAAGCCAGCCUGAGCGACAAUGUCAUGAGAUGCCAGCAAGGGAAACAAGAUCACAGUAAAACUCUCUCCACACCCUUGAAAAGUAAUUCAAUAAUACCAAGUGUUCUGUGCAGUCUUUGAUCCCAAUGAUAUUUAUCAACUGCUUCAAAUUGCAAUUGCAUUAGAAUUGCACACCACCCAAGGCCAUCUUAAUAUAUGUAUAGUAAGAAAUUGAGUAGUUUAUCAAUGGAAUAUGUUUCACAA